ACACUUCAACCUGUUAACAACAACGUGUGGAGAAGAAGCGCUAUUAGAGCCACAUUUUUCUUUUUUGUUAUUUCGAUUACGGUACGAAGUCCGUGAAAAGUACACACAACAGACUGAGUGAAAUUAUUGUGUGUUUCGUGGAAAGAAGCGCAAAAUUCAUCUGGUGUGGAAGGAAGAUUGUUUUCAUUUGCUCCCACCCGUGGGGAACGCGUGAAAGAAAGUGAUUAGAAAGGAUUGGUUCAUCUGAGAAAUCGAAGAAAAAAAAAACCCAAGGGGGGUAAUUGUGUGUGGAAAACAAUCGUGAAAGUGGUGAGAAAACUAAUUGGAAAGCUAGGCAGGCAUUAAGCCCCACUUUGUGUUCAGAAGCGAAGGAAGUGAAAAGUGAAAAGUACUAGUACUGAAGUUCUAGCGUGAAGAAAAAAAUCCGAGAAAAAUGGUGCGUGGUCAGAGAAUAAGUCUCGGUGUGAUGCUGUUGGGGAUGACCCUACUGUCACUGUGUUCCGGUUCCGCGAUCCCAAUGUGGGAAUACCUGAGUCGAGGCGAAAAGAUGUCCCACCUGUACUCGAUGUUCGCCAAGCAGGUGUCGAGCUACUGCAAAAACUCGCAGGAGAUGCCGACCAAUAUGUGCAAGCGUAACCUACUGAUGUACGGCAUUAACAAGCUGCAGGACAUGAACGAGUCCCACCUGGACUCGAUGGAUCCUUAUCAACGGGGCGCCCACGAUAUAAUCUGGGACGCGAUGAUGGACGGCCAUACCAAAAAUGGCAGGAAGAAGAUCCCAAACCAGUCGACGGAAGCCCCCGCCCAGAUCGUCAGCGGUCAGUUCGAACACAACCCACUGUUCGACGAUCCUGCACCACAGCAGCAGAACCGCAAGCAGGACACCGUGGACGCCUACCAAGAGUCCAAGUUCGAACUGAACAAUGCCGCCUCGUCCCAGAGCGUACAGUUUGCCGAGCCCCAGAACUACUUGUACGCCGCCUCGAACCACUUCGACAAUCUGUCCCCGUACGAACAGAACACCAACUUCCUGUCCGGCCCGAUGGUGGUUCGUCUCCGCCCCGAUGGUACCGCCGUUGAUGAGCCCCACCAGAAGGUUCUGCCAAAAGACGAUGACAUCAAGGAGAUGACCAUUGGGCAGGAGAAGAUGCCAAGCUUCCAGCAGAUCUACGAUAGCCUGAAGCGCCACGAGGAGGUCCACGUUUCGACGACGGAAACUGCCACUUCGCCAUCCGCUACCAGCUUCGUCAGAUCGUACCGAACUGAGUACCGAUCGCAGAACUGAGAGUUCGGAACCACUGCGAACAAAAAACCCAUAACCAUACAAACCCUUUGAUUGUGAUUUUAUUUAAGUAUAUGCUAGCGCUACUACUAAUAGAAAACUGAAGAACUCAUGGUCACUCCGAUGCGGGACAGACGCGGGAAAAACAAAACACUGUCGAACCAAUGGCGUCUCUUUACCAAUAUCGUACCUAAUAACGACAGUCCCCAGCCUCCUGAUGGGGAGGGGGCAGUGCGCAACUGCGAUUGCACAGGCCAACGAGGAACGGGGAGGACAGUAAAACAAACGAAAGACAUUCAUUGUAAUUUAAUAUAUUUAUAAAUCAUCGUCACUCAUUUUCAUUUUAUUAGUUUUGUUUUCUGUAGUGGCGCUUGGCGCUGCGAUGCCACACCGCUAUCGGCUUGUUUGCGGUGGGGGCGGAUGUAACGGGUUCACGGCUUUCCGCCAGUCUUUUCAACCUAAUUAGACGAGAAGGAAGCGAGAAAUAGUGGGCCUUCCGAUUGUGAUGAAUAAGAAAACGCUAGAAUACGAUGAAAAUAUCUGUUUUUAAGUUUAAGUACAUCUACUUAUAUGUAACCUUAAUAAGAACCACACAGAAACGAUCAACAUGAUCUAUCCUGGGGACCAGCAGGACCCGGUAGUGGCCCCGUUUCUGUGAGAUAAUUGCUUUUGUAUCAAAUUUUAGCGGAAGUGAAGGACCGUUUUCCGGUAAAAUAUCAAUGAGCACGGAAGGAAGUGAAGCGUGAUAGUCGGCAGUUUUAACUAGUGAUGUAAGACAAAACACAGAGAGAGGUAGAGAAACUUUCUUUCGGCACCGAGAGCGAUCAUGCCCGAAGAAAUUUGGUACGAAAUUCAGAGGUAUUCCAAAUUGUUUGGAGAGUUAUUGAGUUUAGUUACGUUUUAAUAGCCAUUAGGGUUAGGAUGGGUUGAUUUGGUAGGAUUGUAAUGCUUCGAAACCGCUCUUAAAAUAGGCGCUUUCCAGAACUAUAAAUGGCAGUCGAAUCCUUGCCCAUUGUAAGAGAGGUGGAACAAUAUAAAGAGUCCAUCGCGUCUAUUUUGUUAGGGUCUUAGGCACAGAAAACACAGACAACAAAGUAAGAACCAAGCAAAUGUGAUUUUAUUGAUAUACUUUUAGCAGUGUAAGAGAGCAAUCGAGUCGGGUAAUCCGAUUCGUGCGAUCGAUAUUUUCUUUUCGCAGGACCUACACUGGAAUUGAAACGUUUGUAAAAAUAUCACUGGAUGUAAAUUGAUAAAAAUUGAUAAUAUAUUAUAUUUAUUAGAAAUAA